CGAUCUGAUCCCUUCAAUCUUCCUCACAGUGUGGAGCAGCCGGCAACGCACACACACACUCACACACUCUCACACAGCCACACACACUCACACUCACUCUCGCACACACACUCUCGCGCGUAACAAAGCAGGCAGGCGAGGGAGGCGGGUAAUAAAGGAAAGAACAUCACAGAGGAAAAACAUCGUUGCUGCACCUGGACUUUUCGGAUACUGCAGUCUGCCUGGAGUUUGUGCCGUUUCCUGUGAGCCUCGUAUACCUCACCACUCACGUCUGGUCCUUCCUGCAGAGGGUUUGAGUCCCAUCAGCUGUUUGUGCAGAGAUCCAAAUCUGACGACUGUCUACAUUGCCACUUUGUGCAUCCGCCAGACGGGAACAAAGUGUGCGACUGGGAUAUCAGACAAGCUCCUCUGGCAACAAACGCUACACCAACAGUCAGAGAGAGAAAGAGAAAGAGAGAGAGAAAGAAGGAGCAAGAUAGAUUCGAAGAGAGAGAAUCAAAGUCAGGGCAUGAGCAGGAGACUAGAAGCCGGUUUUCCGGAGAAGUGAUUGCCACAGUGCUCCCUCCUCUUCCCUCAGCUCCUUCCUUCCUUCUCUCCUCUCUCCUGUGCAGCUGCUGCUUCUUUCUUCUCUUACACCUUCGCUGCUAUCCCAUCCUCGUACCUCUACUGUCCUUUCAUCACCUCCUCCUUCCCUGCUCCCGAAGACAGUGUGAAGCGGAGAGGCACGGCGCACAUACACUUGCCCGUGUGCCAUAUCAUCUCAUUCUCUCUCUCCAUCCUUCCUCUGGUCCAUCCCUUACACGGAUCUUGCCUCUAGCUGCGGAACCACGAGCGGAGGCUUUUUGAGUUGUUGGAUCCCACACGCGAGUCUCUGUAUCCAGCCACAGUCAGAAGGAUUCCAGCUACAUGGGCAAACGCUUGGAACAGCAACCAAUGUACCCCCAGUACACUUACUAUUACCCUCACUACCUUCAGACUAAGCAGUCAUAUGCCCCGCCCCCUCCUCCCAUGGCUCCGCCCAGCCCCAGCACCAAUAGCAGCAGCCAUAGUGCAGCGGAGCAGCUCAGUAAAACCAACCUGUACAUUCGGGGCCUUCCACCUGGCACCACUGACCAGGACCUCAUCAAACUCUGCCAACCGUAUGGAAAAAUAGUGUCAACAAAGGCAAUCCUGGACAAAAACACCAACCAGUGCAAAGGAUAUGGCUUUGUGGAUUUCGACAGUCCGGCGGCGGCACAGAAAGCUGUAGCAUCCCUGAAGGCCAGUGGCGUGCAGGCACAGAUGGCAAAGCAACAGGAGCAGGACCCCACUAACUUGUACAUCUCUAACCUCCCGGUUUCAAUGGAUGAACAAGAGCUGGAGAACAUGCUGAAGCCCUUUGGACAUGUCAUCUCCACACGGAUACUCCGAGACGCCAACGGGGUCAGCCGAGGGGUCGGCUUUGCCAGAAUGGAGUCCACCGAGAAAUGUGACGUGGUGAUUCAACAUUUCAAUGGAAAGUUCCUCAAAACCCCACCAGGAGUGCCAGCCCCGACGGAGCCACUGCUGUGCAAGUUUGCAGACGGAGGACAGAAGAAGAGGCAGAGUCAGAACAAGUACCCUCAAAAUGGCCGACCGUGGCCUCGGGAAGGAGAGAGUGGCAUGACGCUGACCUAUGAUCCCACUGCAAUGCAGAAUGGGUUCUACUCCUCACCAUACAGCAUCUCCACAAACCGCAUGAUCGCUCAAACGUCAAUCACUCCAUUCAUCGCAGCCUCGCCUGUCUCCACAUAUCAGGUCCAGAGUACAUCGUGGAUGCCUCACCAACAAUACGUUAUGCAACCUACGGGUGCUGUGAUAACGCCAGCCAUGGACCACACCAUCUCCAUGCAGCCCGCUAACAUGAUGGGACCCCUCACCCAGCAGAUGAACCACCUGUCCAUGGGUACCACUGGCACUUACAUGACUGCGGCUGCUGCUCCUAUGCAGGGGACCUACAUUCCCCAGUACACUGCGAUGCCUGCCUCAGCUGUCUCUGUAGAGGGAGUGGUGACGGAGGCUUCUCCUCAGAGUGUUCCGCCCUCAUCACAGGAUGCCAGCGGUCAGCAACAGCCUCUGGGUGUGGACAACACCAGCGAUCACGCGCCCACCUACACUUUUCAACCCGCUAAAUAACCAGAGGAGGAGGGGGGCGUUAAGGUGACUGUGUUGCCUUGAGACCGGGGGACUGCAACGAGGGAACAUUGAAAACAGAGCGCAAGAGACAGGAACACACGUUUGUGUCUACUUUUGCACAAGCAUCUAAAAUAAAAACAUCUACAACAAACAAUUUAUUUAACACCUGGCCCACACCGGAGGACCUUUGGAGGACUCACAAACAGACCAGAAACGAGAGAAAUGCAGUCUCGGAGGUCGAGCCUACUGUUAAUCGGCUAUCCGAAAAACCUUACCUUCAUGAAGUGAACGAAUUCAAACAAGUACAAGUUUUCCUAUUCUUUUUUUUUUUUUUUUUUUGAAUGUGCAGGUAGGUUUUCAGAAACAGUGGGGUUUUCUAUUAGAUGAGGAAGCACGUUCUUGUAAAAAGAAAGAAAGAAGUCUUCCUCGGAUUCUAAGCUACUAUUACUUUUCUUUUUUUUAUGAGUUAGAUUUUAGUUUUCUAGAGAAUAUCAAUGUUUUUUCAUCUUUGUUGCCUUAAUUUCAAGAAACGUCUAAGACUUUUUCCUGUUUGAGACUAAUGAAUGCAGUGAAAAUGAUCUGACAAAGAAAGGAGAUUACCUGUAUAAAGAAUAGAAAGAAAGAGAGAGGUCUCCUGGAGACGUUUUAAAUUAUCAGUGGUGACUUUGUGUUUAAAAGAGAGGACAGACAAAAAAAAAAUAUUGUGGUCAUGAUGAUGAUUAAAGAGAGUUGCAUUUUUUAGGAACAGAUGAAACAAAUGUUAAUCCACUGCAUCAUGGGAAAUGCAGUUUAUUGUGUAGUGCAGAUCAUUUUUAAUGGCAUUAUUGUUUUUAUCUGCAAUAUUUUUUAUGAGCUUUAAGGUGUUUUUAGCCUGCUUUGCUUGUUUCAUUGCGGAAAAAAAAAGAAAAGAAAACUAAAACAGUAAAAAAAAAUGGCAGUGCAAAUCUAAAUAGAUAAGAGCUUAUGGAUUAAAUGAAAAAGUAAAAAAGCAAAUGUGUGCAAAAAGCAAUAGUAAUAGGAAAUUGUUGACAAUUUCUUUAGUCUUUCUUAGCUGUGGAUCAAAUGCAGCCCGUGGAUGGCAUAUUUUAUACCAAAGAUGAAGAAACCCCCCUCAAGACAGUGGAGUGGAUCAAUUUUUGUUUGUUUCUUUUUUUCUAUUUGAGAUUUUUUGGUGUAAUCAUUUGGUUUCAGAGCUAUCCAUUUGACCUUGACGGCCAAAUUGAUACUUUAGGGUUUAAACUUCCUUCCACUGUUGUAGAAUCUAUGUCAGUCGUUCAGUUGAGAGGCAGAAAUCCACCAUCACUGAUUCUCAUGAGUGUGAUCUCCCCACCAGAGGGCGACAGAGAGCGGCUCAACCAUCAUUCAUCUCCCGUCCCGUCUGCCCGGCUGAAAGAACUAUACCUCUAUCGCUGCACCUUCUCAGUCGCCGACUGAUGGUCGGUCACUAUUAAACACGUCGCACAUCCGUUCAGUUCGAGCUUUCCCACAAAGAAGGCCGUAUUCGUAAUUUCAGCUCAACAGGAAUGAAACACAGCACUCACUAGUGUGUAUUUAAACUCUGUGUACAGAUCACUACCUCAUCGAAAGCAAUUUUACCGUGAGGAAACACAGGAGAAUGUGUUGCAGGUCAUGAAACACAAGCUUUGCUUCAGGGGCACUGAGAAACAUUUGCAAUUAGCACCAUUAGCAUAACAUUUUGUUCUGAGCACUCCCGUCUGUAUUUGCAGUCGCAUUGAUCGAAAUGCCUCAUUUUAUAUGCAAGGUUUCCUCAAUCAACCAGAUGCCAUAGGAAAUCUCUCAUGAAAAUGGCGGUCUUUACUUGAAAAACAAAGGCUCUGUCCCAAAGCCCUUGCUGGUCAUGGCCACAUUUUGGUGGCAUUAUAAUAGUUAGUAAUCCGUAGUUAUCCUAAAAUCUUAAAUCGUGACACAUUAUGGUCACAUGGAUGCACACUGACCAUUGCAGGACGGCGGAUACACACCAACUACGCAAUCUGGGACAGAGCCUAAGGUUCCCAUCAUUAUGGGAUUCGGUGGUUGUUCAGGUGCCUUGACAGCUCAGAAUUAAGGUUAGAAAUAUCACCCAUGUGACAUUUUAACCUUCCGUAUCUGAAAUUAGCUUUCUUUUUAUCAGGCUGCCUAUUCCAGAGGGGGGACACUAGCAAACAGAAGAGUAGAAAGAGGGAACAUUUCCUAAUUUAAAGGGAUAGUCCAUCCAAAAAAAAAAAAAAAAAUCAGUCAAAAAUGAAGAACAAUGCCAACCGAACAAUUUCGGUUCCCAUUUACUUGCACUGUAUGGACAAAAGAUACAACAACAGUCAAUUGGACCUGAAACUGUUUGGUCGCCAACAUUCUUUAAAAGGUUCUCUUUUAUAUUGCGUAGAAGAAAGUAAGCCAUGUUUGGAACAACAUGAGUAAAUUUACAUUUUUGGACAGACUAUCCCUUUAAUGUACAAACCAGGCUGCUGCCCUUUAUUUACCAUGAAGUUGAUGUAAUUUUGAUGCAGUCAGAUAGGAAAGCACUAUAUUAAAGCGUCAGCAAAGAGUUCUAAUACACGUGGUGAAUCAUGGACUGUCUCUGCUGCCUUCAUGGUCAUACGGCUCAUCAUAAAUACUCCUCCUAGUUUUACAGUCGGGUAGCUAGAGUUGUCGAGGUGCUCUGGGAAUAAAUUAUCUGUCUUAAAGGGCCGGCGAGAGUCCUCAAGAUCACUUUAUUCCUUUUGAACGUCAUCGUGGACACUUUGGUCUUUUUUCCUGUUUUCAUGACCUCUAUACAGCUAAGUAAUGAUCUCAAUUAGCCACUAGGGGACAGUAUUAAAGCAAAGUUGGUGUACUUUAUCCUCUGGUGAUGGCCAUUGCAGUGAGAUACUGUGUUCACACUGUGGAUUAAAGCGAAGCGAUGCCAUGUUCCUAAUGAGCAAGACAGCACUGCUUCAAAAAGGACACGCUAGCUUUUAAUUUUUCACCUGUUUAAACAAAAAAGUAAAAAAAAUAAUAAUAAUAAUAAAUUUAAAAAGUCACUGUUUUGUCUCUGUCAUCCACUGUCUUUUUGGAGAGUUAUUUUUAUCAUGUGCUCGCUGCUAACAAGCAUUCAGUAUUUAAGUGGUCAGGGCCUUGGGAAUGGAGAGACAAUUCAAGCUGGUAUCUCAUAUGAGAGGUGUGUGAAGAUGUCAUUGCGUUAUACACUCUGCGGCCUUCAUGCUUUUCAUUAAAGAGUGAAUAAAUGUGUCCCAUUAAGCUGAAGGUUCUGCUAACUGUAGGAUGGAGUUCUCAUCCCAACUGUAAUUUAGUAAGCUAAACACCUUUCAUCCACGAAGGUUUUCGCUGGCUAGAAACUCUGCUCCCAUUCAUUGGAUGUGAGGUCCAAGCCAUGCUUUUUUUUCUGUAGGUACAUCUGAUUGGCUGUCACAGUUGAGGUCAUUGAAUGACGAUUGUUCGUCUAUUCGUCUGUUGUACUGUCAGGAAACAGCAUAGGUUCAACCAAAUUCAACACAAACUGCAAAACCUCAAUUAGAGACUAACGUGCUGGCAGAUGAAAUAGAGAAAUAUUUAUGGAAUUGUUUUUGUACAGGUGUUGUUGAAAUAUGAAAGCGGAACAGUUUUACGAUGCUACAAUGAUUUCUUGAGUUGCUUCACUUUCUUGCCUCCCAUGUGCUCGAGCUGUGAUCCUGAGAGUGUCUGUAGACCAGUGGAUGUUAGGUUUAAACUUCUGUUUAUUUUUGUUUUCUUUUGAUGAAGCUUUCAAUAAAAAAAAUCUACAAAAUCA